AUGCAAUGAUGAAAUAGCACAUCAGGUACAGCCCUUUCAAGGAAAAGACUCCUGCUAUAAAAGAGCUGAUCAACUUAAACAUUUAGGAGUGGAAAGCUAUCAAAGGCUACUGUGUUGACAUCUCAAUCAUGUCCGUCAUGAAGAUUCUGGCUGUGACUCUGCUGCUCUGUGCCAUGGUGGUCCUCACUGAGGCUGAGCCUGGUCCAAAGCCGGAGCCUGAGAAUGAGAUCGCGCCUGCGUUUCCUAAAGAAGAGACUCACCUGUUCAAGAGGUGCAAAGCCUGCCCCUCUGGUUGGACUCUUUGGUCUCACCGCUGUUACCUCUACGUCAGCUCACCCCUGACUUGGGCUCAAGCCGAGAGAAACUGCCAGGCCAAGGGGGGAAAUCUGGUCUCAGUGCACAGUAAUGGAGAGAAUCACCUGGUCCAGUGGCUGAUUGUGACUUACACCCAUAAAUAUGGACAAACAUGGCUCGGAGGCUCUGAUGCCCAACAGGAGGGCAUUUGGUUGUGGAGUGAUGGUUCAGUCUUCAACUACAGGUACCAUGGAGGGUUUGAUAACGCUCACCACCGUCAACACUGUCUGCAGACAAACUGGGGCGUGCACAAGUACUGGGACGACAUUGAGUGCUGGACUAUGCUCCCAAGUGUCUGCGCCAGAAAGCCCUGAGGAAUCCCAGACUGAGGAGCCCGCUGAAAACACAAGUCUUUCUACACUUCUGCAUCUCCUUUCUUUCCUGUUUCUGUAGCGCAGCUUAAUGAACAAGGCGACAGACAGGAGCUGGAAUGUCUUUGAGACAAAGUGAAUGAGUUCUGGAGAGACUGAUUCAACCACAAUCUUAUCCUGCAGUGAUCUGUCUUCUUUCUGUUUUCAAAAUAAAAUACU